GGGAAAAAAGAACAGGUGAAACUGGGAACCCGGUCGGAGAUACGGAGGCAGACGAGACAAUUUCUUCCCCCCACAAAAGGAGGAGAGACUCCUGAGAAAAAAAGAAAGAAAGACUCCGACACGGAGUUUCCAGUAGAAGAGGGGACCGGGCCCGCGCUCUGAGGUGUGAAGACGUGUGAAGAAGUUGACGGCUCCGGUUCGGCAUGUUGGCGUUUUGCCUGCUGAGCGCCGUGUGGCUCGCGGUGAGUCCGGCUCGCGCUCAGAACGAGACGGAACCAAUCGUCCUGGAGGGAAAGUGCCUCGUGGUGUGCGACUCCAACCCCACCUCGGACCCCACGGGCACGGCGCUCGGGAUCUCGGUGCGCUCCGGCAGCGCCAAGGUGGCGUUCUCCGCAGUCCGGAACACCAACCACGAGCCCUCCGAGAUGAGCAACCGGACCAUGGUCAUCUACUUCGACCGGGUUCUAGUAAACGUCGGGAGGAAUUUUGACGAGGAGAGAAGUAACUUCAUCGCGCCACGCAAAGGGAUUUACAGUUUUAACUUCCACGUAGUGAAAGUCUACAACCGCCAAACUAUACAGGUGAGUCUGAUGCACAACGGCUGGCCGGUGAUUUCGGCGUUCGCUGGCGACCAGGACGUGACGCGCGAAGCUGCCAGCAACGGCGUCCUGAUCCAGAUGGAGAAGGGUGACCGGGCCUACCUCAAACUGGAGAGAGGAAACCUAAUGGGAGGAUGGAAAUACUCCACCUUCUCUGGCUUUCUGGUUUUCCCCAUGUAGAGAGGAAGAAGAGAAGAAGGAGGAGGAGGAGGAAGAGCGGGGGUGGAAACAAAGGAGGAAGAGCUGGUGGAAGAUGGAAAGUAUAAUGAAGACGGGAGCGAGGUAGAGGGAGGAAGACGGCGGCUUGGAAAGGAGAAAGAGACAUGGAAACGGUGGAGGAGAAGAACAAGAAGAAAUUUGACAACAGACUUCUGUUUUGGACGCUGCAGAGGAAGAAAUGAUGAGGAAGGAAUAGAGAGAAUUAGGAUCAUGACGUGAAACGAUUACACAAGGG